AGAUGCGUGCCGGGGCGCCUGGCACGGCACGGCACGGCACAGCACGGCUGGUGCUGGCCCCGGGUGGUGCUGACCCCCAGCACUCUCCUUGCGCCCCAGAGCCUCCUCCCGCGGGGGGUUCCUGGCUCAGAGGGGUCUUUAUCAGGGCAGCUGCGCCAGCAUCAAAGGCGCGGGGAGCCCGGAGGCGGGUGGAGGGGCCUUGAGAUAAGGCGUCAGACACAACACCUGUGGCGUGGGGUGGGGGCAACCCCCCGCCCAGCCCUCUUAAACAGCGUGGCCCCCUCAGCCGGCACUGCCUGCCCAUGGAGAAAACCACGGUGCUGAUCACGGGCUGCUCCUCGGGCAUCGGGCUGGGGCUGGCCGCGCGCCUGGCAGCCGAUGCCGCCGGCAGGUUCAAAGGUAAAAAAAAAAGGGGUGAUGCUGUGCCGGGGGCUCAGCACCCCCGGGGGGUCUCCUGGGCUGGGCCAGGCAGUGCCUCUCCGAGGUGGUGCGGGGCAGGGGGUGGGCUGGGGCCGGCGCUGGGCGAGCAGCUUGCCGGCACCGGUGCCCCGCGGCCACGUCUCUCCCCCCCAGUGUACGCCACCAUGCGUGACCUGGCCAAGGGUGAGCGGCUGCGGGAGCGCCUCGGGGGCCGCUGCCCCGACACGCUGGAGGUCCUGCAGCUCGACGUCACCGACCCGCGCUCGCUGGCAGCUGCCGCGCAGCGGGUGCAGGGGCAGCGGCUGGACGUGCUGGGUACGGCUCUUCCCCACUGUCCCCGGGGUGGCUGGCGGCGGGGGGAACCUCUGCGGGGUCACUGGCCCUCCCCAGGGCACUGGGAGCAGAUGCCAGAUCCUGGGGUUGGGAUGGGAUGUGUUCGGCAGGGCAGGGGUGCGGGAGCUAGGUUUGGGGGUGCCGAGGGUCACUGGCCCAGCAACAGGGAAGGGAAGGGCCCCCACGUUCCUGCCUUCGGGCACUACGGUGCCAGGGAGUGCGAGGGGGGGGCUGCGGUGUCUGGCUCACCGGGGCUGUGCCCAGCAGUCUGCAACGCGGGGGUGGGACUGAUGGGCCCCCUGGAGACCUGCUCCGACCAGGCCAUGAGGACCCUCUUCGACGUGAAUUUCUUUGGGGCCGUCCGCACCAUCCAGGCGUUCCUGCCCGCCAUGAAGCGCCGCAGGGCCGGGCGGAUCAUCGUCUCCAGCAGCAUCGGGGGGCUGCAAGGGCUGCCCUUCAACUCCGUGUACUGCGCCAGCAAGUUUGCGGUGGAGGGGCUGUGCGAGAGCCUGGCCAUCGUCCUGCGGCCCUUCAACAUCCACCUGACGCUGGUGGAGUGCGGACCCGUCAACACCAGCUUCCUGGCCAACCUGCAGCGCCCGGACCCCGAGGGCAGCGAGCUGCGGGGCCUGGACGCCGAGACGCGGAGCCUCUACCGCCGGUACCUGCGGCACUGCCAGAGCGUCUUCCGCGAGGAGGCCCAGGAGGUGGAGGAGGUCCUGCAGGUGUUCCUGGAGGCCAUCGGCACCCCCUGCCCGCCCCUGCGCUGCCUCACCACCCGGCUCUUGGCCCCGCUCUCACGCCUGAGGCUGGCCAGCCCCGACGGCUCCGCGUACGUCCAGGCCAUGCACGACUUCGUGUUCGGCUGCGGCGAGGCCGGUGGGGACCAGCCCUGAGCAGAGCUGCCGUGAGCCCCGGGGGGCCGUGCCCUGCAGCCCCCCAGCCCUGCAACGCCCGUCCCGGCCGCGGGGUCUGUGUGUGUGUGCGGGG